GACGUCGUGGAGGUGCACGCUGGCGGGACGGACAGUUGAUGCUCGCGCGCCGAGAGGACGACACAUCCGCCACUCGCCAUUCGCCACUCGCCUCUUUAUAAAACUAGUGAUCAAUAUAUUAGUGAUACGUUAACCAACCCUACGUGAUACCAGUACGUGGAUAAUACAAGGAACCAUAUCAGGACAAGCCUAAACAAAAGGCAACCACAACCAUGAAAUACUCUAUACGGUUGCAGUUGCUGACAUGUUUAGUAUACGUAAGCUGCGUGCAAGGCAUCAUGGUGAAGUACGGCACGAAAGGCGGUCCGAUAGAGCCCCCAACGCCAGAGCCGACGCCCGCCCCGCAGCCCUACAGAAUACCCGCGCCGGUCUGGGAGGAACGCAGUGAUGACUCUCCGGAUCCCAAUGCUACUUGGCGACCUCCAUUCUUCAGGCCACAGCCGAGAUACACUGAAGUUAUCUACAAGGUUCCUCCGCAGACUAUUAACAGUGCUCAGAGCUUUGUCAAUUCGUAUCUACCAAACCAACAUCUUAAAGCUGAAACUGUUAGGAAUUACUUCACACCGGCACAAAUACUUACUUCACAAAACUUACCCGGAGUUGGUAUCAGAUAUUUCAUACCCGCAUAUCAUCAUAACCAACAUGUUAAAACACAUAAGAAACAAGAUGAUGCGAAACAAAAUGAUAUUGAAACAAAUGAAAUCGAUGAUUCCUACGACGAUGACGCUCCUAGUGAUGUUCAAUGGAAGUUUGAAAAGAAUGCAGCGAAAAACAGUCAACAAACUAGCUCAGAAGGCACAGCACGACCCGUUUACCGCUGGCCGGUGUACGUACAACCAAGACAUUAAUGACCUUCAUAAAUUAAUUUAAUUAUUAUAAUUGUCAGUGGUCAAUUUACUAUGAAAUAUAAGGCUCUUCGUACACAAGGUAACGUAAAUCUUCGUAACCCGGUGAUUUUAGUCGUUAAGCGACAUAAGCAACUCAAUUUCAAAAGGGUCCGUACACAGGCACGCGACGCAUAUAUUUUGGUUUGUAUUCAGCAAAACCAGUCGCUUGCAACCUUUUUGUCAAAUUUCAGGAUAGACGAUCAAAUCUCAAAUCGAUAUUUUAUGAAUUCUUAUUAGCAGUGUAGUCUCUAUGCUCCUAAGUAGGGUUGGCAAUAGGCAGGCGGCUGGCUGUAAAAAUUAAAACUAAACUUUAAGGUUUAUAAAACCUUGUGUGCCGACCCAACGUGACUAGGAUAAGGCCAGGGAGAUGAUGAUGAUUGUAGUCGCUACGUCUAUCAAUAGACAACUUGCGUUUACGAUUCAACGUUGUGUGCAUGGAGCGCACUCUACGUGAUACUCGCGACCAAUACAAUGUUAGUUUCAAAGAUUUACGUUUCCUUGUGUUUGAAGGGAAUAAGGCCAUUUAACAUAAAUCUUCAAGAUGAAGACAGUAACAAAAUCCGCUAAGAUUAGGCAAAGUGUACGGUACAGAAUUAAUAUUGUGAUUUUAAUAUAUACGCGUAGAAUAAGUAAAAAGUGCCAGAAUUUUAAAAUACAUCCGAUGUCGUUUUUAAAGCACUUUGAAGCUAUUUUUUCAAGGAAAGAUUUUGUGUUAUUCAGUGUUUUACUUAAGUUCUAAAAUAGAUUGUUACGAUACAAAUUGUGACAUUAUUAGUGGUAUAUAUAUAAGCUAAAGAACGAUUCGCAUGAUUGAGUUUAAGUGAUUGGAGGGCUACGACGUGGAUAUUAAUUACAUACCCAGGCAAUCGCCGACUGACACAAGAUGACAUCUCGAGCAUGUCGGACACCUGCUACCGAUAGGUCUCGGUACUUAACAUCCCGUCACCUUGAUGCAAACACGACCUAUUGCCCAAUUAAGUAAUUUAUCAACCUAUAAAUAAAUUCAAAGCCAUUAAAUACGACUGUAAUAACAAACGAGCGACAAGAAAAUAACAAAUGAAAGUUAAUACGAGU